AUGGAGUCGACGACGUCCGCAGAUCUCGAGACCCUCGCCGCCGAGAAGUCGGAGAUCCAAGCACAGGAGAUCCAGGACCAAGACCCGAAAGUGCAUUCACUGGCCGCCAAUGGCUCUGAUGAGUCCCACCGUGGGGUGAAGCGCGCCGCAGAGGACAACGACAACGACAACGAAGAUGACGAUGGUCAGGACGCCGAUGCGCCCAAUGAUGUCGAGAUCAAGACGGGAGACGAGCCGGUCCAGCCGUUGUCCAAGAACCAGCAGCGCAAGCUCAAGCGCCGCAAGCUCUGGGAGGACAAGAGGGAGGAUCGCAAGCACAAGCGGAAGGAGAAGCGCCACAACCAGCAGGAGCGCAAGCGCCUCGAGCGUGAGGCCGAGAUCGAACAGGCUGCCAAGGAGGGCCGCGCUCCCGUUCUACAGCACCGCCAACGCGACCGCGAUCCCACCAAGAAGACCCAGGUCCCGGUCGCCAUCAUCCUAGACUGCCAGUACGAAAAUUAUAUGCACGAAAAUGAGAUGAUCUCCCUCUCUAGUCAGGUCACGAGGUCAUAUUCCGACAACCGGACCGCCAGGAAUCCCGCCCACCUGUAUGUCAGCUCAUUCGGCGGGACUAUGAAGGAGAGGUUUGACACCACCCUGGGUGCCCAGUACGAGAAAUGGAAGGGCGCUCAUUUCGUCGACUGUGAUUUUGUCGAGGCCGGUAAGGCGGCCAAGGAGCUCAUGGAGGGCCCUCAGGGGGGUACCGUCAUCGAGGUCCUGCAGUCACAAGAAUCUGGCGACUCUCUGACCUUGACACACCCCGAACCAGAUGCCAAGGCCAAGAGGAAGAACGCCCUCCCUGAGCCUGAACCCGAGCCAGAGGAUGUCGACAAAUCUAUUGUCUACCUCACUGCUGACUCGCCCUACAUACUCGAGCGUCUCGAGCCGAAUACAAGCUACGUGGUUGGCGGCAUCAUCGACCGCAACCGGCACAAGGGGCUCUGCUACAAGGUCGCGCGGGAACGGAAAGUUCGCACGGCCAAGCUUCCCAUCGGCGAGUAUAUGGUCAUGCAGGACCGGCAUGUCCUCGCUACAAAUCACGUUGUCGAGAUUAUGCUGCGCUGGCUGGAGCUCGGUGAUUGGGGCGCCGCCUUUAUGCAGGUAAUUCCGAUGCGGAAGGGAGGUAAAUUGAAGGACGACGCAGAAGGAUCUGUGGCAGCUCCUGAGAGUGUGGAGCAAGACGGUGCCAAAGACGGUCUUGUAGAAGCCGCCGAGCCGAGUGAAGCCACGGAAGCGACAGCGAGCUGA